AUGAGAAACAUGAUUAAUGGAGUGGAAGAGCAUUCAGAUAACUUUAUUAGAGAAAGUACAGUAUCCGAUCUUAUUGAUGUAUGGUCAUUUCUACGGGCCCUUAUACAGACCUCGUCUUCAAGCGAAACCAAGCUUCUGAACAAUCUUCACAAACUAUUAGCCAUGGACAAGAACAAGAAUAUUGAAGCGAAGCUCAAAAACUGUUCUCAAAACAUACACGGUCUGAAACGUUUACACAAAAAUUUGAGUAACAGAACAGAGUUCACCAAAGAAAUAAUCGCUCACCUUUUGGAGGAUAGUAUUACAGCUAUAAAUUUAGGUUCAUCGAUGUGCACUAUCAAAAUGAGAUAUAAGAACGGAAAGUCAAUAUAUGGUAUGGAAGAAUUGAACGAUCUAAGAAGUAGAUGUUUAUUACUUGCCAAUACUGAUACUAGAAAUGAAACGACAGCUCAUAGCUACAGGAAUUUCAUAGAACUAGUAGAUUUACUGCAAUCUAUUCAGAAAAAAGUGAUGGAGCUGUUUGAUGUGGGAUAUCCAGUUAAUAUGAACUCAGAAUUCGUAUCAUAUCAGGAUCUCGAAGAAGAAAAAAAGCAUUUAGAUAAUAUGUAUGAAGAAUGGAUCAAUGUGAAAACCAAGUACAGAGAUGAAUUUCAUAUUUUAAACGUUUACCACUCACAGCAAAUAUGGAUGAUCGAACAACAUUUAUCCAAGCUAUCAAGAAAUAUUUCUCUAGAACAGAAAGAAGAAAAUGAAUUACUAAAUUUACUGCGACUGAUAAAUCCAGGAAUUGUCAUGGAAAAGAUUACUGACCAGUUUGAUUUCUCUUUUUCGAAUGAAGACAAAAUAGAACAACGUCUUACGAGAAUAUUAACUUUUUUGUCCAAAAUUAGCGAACCAAAGGUAGCUACGGGGACCAUCAACAAGCUACUUCCAAAUGGAGCAACGGUUUGUUGCGUGGAUAAGAGAAAAAUAAUUCCUCUUUUACUUACUAUAUUCAUUGGAUGUCACGAUACUCCUUCUCCUCUUAACACACUUGUUUGCUAUGAAGAUACCUCUUGGAGUGAAGUUGAAGCAUUUCUAUUCAGGUGCAGACAGUCAAAUAGUCAACUGCAUUGUCUUCUAAAUGUUCACAAAUUGAAUUUUUAUGUCAAAGAUUCAUUGAUAGAAUUAAUUCACAAGUUUGAGCAGAAAGAAUCACAAUUUUUAAUGCUAUUAAUCACGGAAAGAGGAAAAGAUUUUCUGUCUGAAGAAAUGCGUUCAAACGUUAGAGAUUUUAAAGAACUAGAUGCCACUACACUGAAGAACUUUGUGUCAAAAAUAAGACCAAAUGUUGAGUUUGUUAUUAGUCAUAUUAAUGGCAUUGGAAAGACGGAAUACAUCAAAGAACAGUCUUUCGAACUUGGUAAACUUCCAAUCUUGUUUCCGGUUAGCGGAAGUUUAGAAAGAAAGAAACUGGUGAACAGAUUAGCAGAAAUUAAUUUUUUGAAAUGUUCCUCUCUUCAUAUUGAUAUUUCCAUCAUCAAUAAUGAUCCAGACUUUAUCGACUUUUUUCUGUUUGAGAUGUUGGUAAUCGGAAAAGUGUCUUUUGGAUCUACCAUAGUACUUUUAUCAUCCAUUCCUACCUUUAUAGAAAUUGCAAACACUGUUAACAAUAGUCUUGUUAAUUCCAUAGCAGUUCGAGAGUUCUUUAAGGUAUCUGAUUUGAGCUCUGAUAUGGACAGAUUCAUCGCAAGUGAAGAGAUACUUUCUCCAGUCCAAAUAGUUUGCCAAUAUUUACAAAGAUAUGAUAAGAACCAACUGAUUAAUAACGAUAUUGUUUUUGGACGGGUUGGAGAUAAGCAAAGUCUAAAUCCUAUUCCGAAUAACGAAUGCAUCAGACUCAUUAAGAGAUAUUUAUUGAACAAAGACCAUGCUUUAUCAUCCUUUUCAGCUGUUCACGUUUAUCUCAAUGUCCUGGCAAAUCAAUUACUAAUGAUGUCUGCGUCAAUAUACUUUAGAGUAGGUAGCUUGGAGAAGAUGGGUGCCAGUUCAAGCAUUCGUAAUGAACUACUUUUAGCAUUGAUUAAUUUAACCACCGAAUUCAGUAGCUCCGCUUCAACUCUCAACAAAAUACACGUGCUGAAUGACGACCAGCAAGCAAUGCUUGAAAUAUUUAAUGGUUUUUUGCACUGGGAGGAUUCCAAUCAUCUUUUAGUAUUAUUUCACAACAUCAAUUCACAAACAAUAUCUGCUGUUUAUAGAGAUUCAAGUCACGUACCGGAUUCUGUUAAAAAUUUAUUAAGAUCUCAACAUACCAAAUCAACUUCCCAAACAUAUACUCUGCCAAAUUAUUCAACUCUGAAAAGAGAUGAACUGCUUGAAGUUCUAAAAAAGAUUUGUCUCACAUCUCCUCUCAAUAAUAGUGAAGAUGAUAAGGAUUAUGCAUUAACACCUGAUAAUAUUUUGAAAAUGAUACUUAUCAUUACACGUGUAAGAGCGAGGGUUCCUGUUGUUAUUUUGGGUGAGACAGGUUGUGGAAAAACAUCUCUUAUCAAGUACCUUGCAAAUGUGAUCGGUGCUGUAAUAAUUACCAAGGAUAUUCAUGCAGGAGUAACAGAGGAAGAUAUCGUCAGUGUUGUGUUAGAGGCAAACACCAAAGCCAUCCUCGAAAAUGUGAAUGUUUGGUUGUUCCUUGAUGAAAUUAAUACUUGCGACUCUGUUGGGCUUAUAAGUGAAGUAAUUUGUAACAAAACCUGCAAUGGAAAGCCACUGAAUAGGAAUCUUAGUAUUAUUGCUGCUUGCAAUCCAUAUAGAUUGAAAUUACAGCAUAGUAAACCCACUGCUGGUCUUGAAGGAAAAGUUAAAGACAAAAAUGUAUUAGCGUAUAGAGUGAACCCUCUUCCUCAAUCAAUGAUUGCAUACGUUUGGGAUUAUGGAAGUCUUUCUCAGAACGAUGAACUUAGAUACAUUGCAACUAUUGUUGAUUCCAUGACAAACUUUAGUGAACUGAAAAACCUUUGUACAAAUCUAUUGUUUUCUUCUCAAGAAUAUAUAAGACAAUGUGAAGACAAAUCAAGUGUGAGUAUGAGAGACAUUGCGAGGUUUAAAAAGUUGUAUCAUUGGUUUUAUAACAGUUUGAAAGACAAAAAACCUCCUACAUUGGAAGGAAAAUCACAAAAAACAAGGAAGGAUUUAGAAAAAUAUUACAGAGUUAUUAGCUCAGAGGCUAGUCCUAACAGAAAGAUCAGAUCUAUCAUCUUAGCUCUAUCCCAUUGUUAUCAUAGCAGGCUGUCUACAGAUACUUUAAGAACGCAUUAUAGAGAAGGAGUGUGUCAAAUAUUCAAGAACCACAAUAGACAUUUAACUCCAGACAUGUUUUUAGACUGCUUGUUGCAAGAGCAGAAGGACUAUUUAUUAAGAAUGGAAUUACCUGAAGGAACAGCUCUUAAUAGUUCAUUGCUUGAAAAUGUUUUUGUAAUAUUGGUGUGUAUUCUGAACAAACUACCAGUAUUUGUGGUUGGAAAACCAGGUUGCAGCAAAUCAUUGUCUAUGCAGUUAAUCAAUAGCAAUUUGCGAGGAUUUGACUCCAAGGAUGAAAUGUUUAGAAACCUUCCUCAAGUAUAUGUGGUUGCAUAUCAAGGAUCAGAAUCUUCUACCGCAGACGGAAUCGAAAAAGUGUUUCAAAAAGCCUACAAAUAUCUGAAGGACAAUGAUAGCAAUGUCAUUCCAGUGGUCCUACUUGAUGAGGUAGGUCUGGCUGAGAUAUCCAAACAUAACCCUUUGAAGGUACUGCAUAAGCUUCUUGAACCUGAAAAGCAGAUGGUUGCAGUUGUUGGUAUUUCAAAUUGGUGUUUGGACGCUUCAAAAAUGAACAGAGCUAUCCAUUUAUCGAGGCCAGAUGCAUCUAUUCAAGAUCUACAACAAACCGGUCUCUCAAUAUUAGAAUGCUUUGUAAAGGAGGUAACAGAUACUGAUAAGGAAUGGGUAUUAGAAGUUGCAUCGGCAUUCCAUCAAUACCUUUUGCACCAGAGCUAUCAAAAUUUUCAUGGAUUGCGUGAUUAUUAUUCUUUGAUUAAGUUUUUAGCCAAGUCAGGAUAUAAUGGGUUAAAUAACGAGCUUUUGAAGGUUGGCAUUGAACGGAAUUUUGGUGGGCUUGACACAAAUGAGAUUAUAGAAUUGAUCCCACGUUUAGCCUCUGAAACACCAACUCCAAUAACAGAUCUUGUCCAACUUAACCUAGCAGAUAAAUUUGCAAGACAUUUAAUGGUAAUUACAAAUGGUGAUUCAGCCCUAAGCUUGUUAGAAAACAAGGCUGAAGUAGUUUUUGGAAGUAAAUUCCAAGAUGACCAAACAGAAGAAUAUAACUAUAGGGUUUUAAGUAGAAUCAUAUUAUGUAUGGAAUCAGGAAUACAAUUAAUUCUCAAAGACUUAGAACAAAUUUACGGUAGCUUAUACGACAUGCUUAACCAAAAUUAUACCAUUGUGGGUAAAAAGAAAAAUUGUCGUAUUGCAUUAGGUGCUUUUAGUAACCCCAUGUGUCAUGUUCACGACGAUUUCAAGUGUGUUAUUUUAAUUGAUGAGCAUAACAUUGACUAUGCUGAUCCUCCAUUUUUGAACCGUUUUGAGAAACAACGUCUUAGCUAUGCAGACAUUUUUGACAAGGAUCAAAUAGAACUGAAACACACAUUGAUCAAGUGGCUUAAAAGUGUGACAACAGUAGAGGGUACUGACUUUGAAAUAAGAGAUGCCAUACGUUCUUAUAACAAUGAAACCAUUGACAGUUUGGUUGUGAAGCACUACAGGUCUGAAGAAAAUGUAAAUGAAAUAAUUGAAGCUUGCCAGCAAGACUUAAUUUCCCUUUUCAACUUUGAGGCAAUUUUGAGACUCCCUUUUACCAACGGAGCAAACAACCACCAAGUCAUUCAGAAACUUACUCAAUAUCACCAAACAUCACCUAACUCGAGUAUCUUGCAAUACUUCACAUCAUGCUAUGACAAGAGUGAAAUGAAACUAUCUGUGAUAUAUACAUUCUCUAAUAUCCAUACCGACGUCCUGGCAUGUUUACAACACGAAUUUCCAAAUAUUGAAACCAAGUCCCUAGUUUUCAAGCUUGUACAUUUCAGUUGCGAAAAACAAGUGUUGCAAAAAUUAGAUGCAUUUUUCCGAGACACAGUCAAGCAAUAUCUGUUCAUCCAAUGUGAUGCAUUUUAUGACUCUAUUCAUCUUCUUUGGCUGAAAUAUCAAAUCAACAACCUAGCAAAUAGCUUUGGUGGUACAUUUUCAAUAGACAACAAGCAAAUUUUCCUAAUACUGCACACACAAAGACAAAUAUUUUCAGAGGAGAAAUGGAUUUUCAAUUUCCUUGGUAAAUAUGAUCAAAUAAUGAUUGAUAAUCUGGAUCAAUCAUCAUCAACAUUUGACCUAAGCCAGUCUGAUAUUAUUGCUGUUUUCAAAAAUAAUUCUGAUGUUAUUUUGGAAAAGGUAAUACCAUGGUGUUUCCAUACCAUUCGAUACCCUUCCAAUAAUCCUACGUUAUUUCAAAGAGUGCAAGACACCAUUAAAAAUGUGUCAGCUUCUCCCACUUUGAGAAAGGUAUUUUUGGAAUUAAUUGUACCAAAUAUUCCACGUUCAGAUGAGACAGACUGGAAAAAGCAUGUGUUGUGUAAUAGGCAAAGAGUAACCAAUAGCAGAUCCAUUCAUCUAGCUGUGUUUGAGUAUACAUGUGAAAUAGUAAGGGAUAUUCUAGCAAGAUAUAUUUAUCUCAUUGAAAAGUACUCCGCAUUUGACUGCAUUCUCGAGAACGCUGGUACUUCCCUCUCUGAGGAGGAGCUUGGAUUAUGGCACAAAAUAUGUUCUGAGUCAUCAAUUUUGAAUAUUCAGGCGCUUCCAAAACCUGAAAGAGAUGUGUAUCAGUAUUACGAAUUUAUACCACAAUUGAGAUUUCCUUUCAGUUCUGCACUUAAUCAGUUAUUGGAAGAGCAGCGACCACAAUACGAAAAGCUAAUCAUUGAGUUUGAGGAAAACACUUUUGUGGAGUUGACAGAUAUUUUGCGCUCUACAACAUUUCCCAAAUACAAAUUCCUGAAUCACUACCUUUAUGGUUCAGAAGAGCUGCUUAAAAAGUGCUUGCAUGACAUUCUGAAAUUGCAGUCGGCACGAUUGGGGAUGUCAGAGGAUUUUGACCGCUUUGUUUACAUUUUCGAAUUACUGUUGAGAAUGGAGACAGACUCCUCACUGACAUCCAUUUACCACUUGAAACAUCCAAUGGACGUGAUCGUUUUUAUGUGGAGACAAUCAAGACGCAUGCACGCACUGAAUGAAAUGUUGAAUCUCGUGCCUUGUAUCUUUGAAUCUAGUAGUGUUUCCACUGUUGAACUUAGAGAUAUCGUAGAGAGAAGCGCUUUGUAUUUCUUUCCCUCACAAAAAUUACUCAACGAACAAUACCACAACUCCAUUAGAGACUGGCAUCGCAUUACAAGUCAAUUUAUUCUGUUGACAAAUAGACUUGAUCUAGAGCAAGUAUCACUACCCAAAUUAGUAACGCUUAAACUUUUCAACGAGUUUAUAUCUACCUGUAUAGAUAAUAGUGAGGGAAAGGAAAUUGAGUUGAGCGAUACUUUCUAUGAUCUUGUAAAAGAAUCUACUGAUAGUGAAGACUUCACCAAUGACCAGAUUGUAUUGAGGCUGAUUGGUGAGAUACCAUUCAAGUUAAAUUCUGAGUCUGUUAACAAGUUUUUAGGAUAUCUUAUUUUACGAUGCGAUCCAAAUGCAUUUAAUGAUUUUACAGCCAUGAUGAUUCAGACUAUUAAGCAACAACAAUCAGCUUAUCAAUUACUGUGUUAUUGCGAAACUGAUAUUUUGAUUUACCUUCAAGACAGAGUUGAUCUAUUUGAGCUCGUGACAAAUACGAACUCUCUCCAUGAGUAUGAGUUACUUUCUAUUAUUGACUCCAAUAUGGAUUCAUCACUUUCUUGCGAUAUUUCUACAUAUAUUGGUGACCUUAUUCAUAGCAAUGCAUCAUUUUUCAUACAGCAAGAUCAACUACAGGAUGGGAAAAUUCUAGCAAGACUAAUUUCUACAGCUGAAAAUUCUAAAUAUCGCCCAUUUAUUAGAGUCAUGGCUGUUGCAUUCCUAAAGUAUUUUGUAGACAAAAUAGUUGAUGAGUUUAAAUUUAACUGUUGGAGAAACGACGAAAAACCAUCGAUGGAUGAUUACUCCUUUAUCGCCACAGCAAAUGAUUUGUUGAAAAGUGAUUGUCCUGAGAAUUCUCUCAAGCAUCAAUUAAGAAUUUAUUUUGCAAAGAAAGUUUAUACUCUAUUUCCUACGUUCAAAGACUUGACUCAAGCAUGCAUGGAAGACAAACCAUGGGGAAGCACCUUCUCCUUUUUACGAAAGCUACAAUGGCCAUCCCCCCAGCAUCAAGGACCAAACUACCUCCUUGUUGUGGACCACCAUGCUGAAGUUUUGAACGCCCUACAGCAACUAAUGUAUCAAAGAAAUUCUACACAAAUCCAAACCAUCCUUUCCCAUUUGUUUGUUGACUCCAAGUGGACAUAUGCCAUACUCUCUGUUUUAGUUCAACAUAUUUUCUUAAAAUAUUCUUUCGAGAGACCGUUCACAUCUGAAGAAACCUUUACAAUAACAUGGCUCAAUGAUUACUUUUCGAAAAAUAUUAAGGACCAGAAAUUGAAAGCAAUACUGCUUUCGAUAACAUCCAAUGCAUUCACGAAUUCACCUCUACGUUUACAUGAUCAGGUAGAUAGCGAAUCGUUGGAAAUGAUUAUACUGAUCAUGCAUGUUGUCAUCUUGAUCAUUUCAUACCCAAAGUGUAAUUUAGCAGAUAUGAUAUUGAAGCCUGCGCAAACUGUGAACAUGUUUAUACCAUCAAUGCCCAACUCUCAUGUUGAAACCGUUCAAUAUCUUAUAUCUGAGGAAGCAAAUGAACCCCUAACACGGUACACUUGCAACGCUUGCGGUUACAUGUUCUUUGUCGGAAAUUGUGGAAAUAUUAACGAGAAAUCAAAUUGUCCUUCCUGUAAAAAUCUUAUUGGAUCUUCGUCAAACAAGAAACUCGAUACCACACCCUUCCGUGGAGCCAAAGAUUUCCAAAUUUAUUCUGAAUAUGGCUAUUUAAUGUACAAUAUUUUGGAAAACGAACAAUGUACAACCUUUAGACAAAACACACCACUUUCUCAACCAUUUAUAAGCUUCCUAAUUCAUGGAUUAAUAUUGUUUCAACUCUCAAUUAGUAACAACAACUCUCCUUAUUAUUCUGCAAGUAAUGAAUUGAUAACAAUUCCAUACAUUUGGAAGAUAUUAGAUCAUCAAUGGAAUUACUUAUUACCAUCAUCAACGAACAAGAGUUUACUACUUAAUUUAUUAGCAUCCUCAUUGACUGAAGAUGUUUUGGAAAGUAAUACCAAUACAAGUAAUCUCUACACAAAAGAAGGACGAUCAGUAUUCGAAAAUUCAAUUACAAAACACAUCGAAGUAUUUUUGAAAAACUCUAACACGCAUCUUCAACAUGCUCUCAAAACUAUUGAAAUGGUACAACAAUCAGCCUUUUCUACUCUAGAACUUCAGAUUACUGGUAACUAUAUGUAUUCUGAGAGCGAGAAGAAGCAACUGAUGACCAAUCUGUUACGACUUAUUGAACGGAAAUCUUUUGCCAAUUUUAAGGAAAGGUUUUAUCAAGAUGUGGAUUAUAGAACAAAAUAUCCUCUCACAGAUUAUGUUUUGAAACACAAAGACAAGUUAACUCUGAUUCACCAUUUAUACGAUCUCAUUUCUUGCCAUAACUAUUUUUAUAGAAUUUUUAAUCACAAGUACACGAAGGAACAAACAAAAACACUGACAAUAGGAAAGCUUAAAGAAAAUAUGGGAGGAGAUGAAAUAUUCGUGCAACAUUUGGAACUAUUUAUGGAUACAUGGGAAAAAAUUGGUCCUCAUGUGACAAGGCAAGGAUGUACAAAAUUGGCACCAAUUACUUCAAUAGGUUAUGAUACUCAAAUAUCGUUCUUAUUUCUCAAUACUGAAGAUGAAGGCAGAUAUUUUUUGGGAGCUAUUGAAAUGCUUAUCGGCUUUCACAACACCAUAAUACAAACAGUUCUUCAAAAGCAUGACAGUCUUAAAGUGGAAGGUAUAACUAUCUAUACAGCGACUAGAAAUGAUAUUGCAAAAUUUGAGGAAGAUGAUGAUAUUUUAAUUGGAUACAAUAGUUUUUCGAAAGGUCAAGAAAUAAUUUAUGAUUACAUGUUGAUUGAGCAGCGAUUCCAAAGACUAUUGUUUAACGGGAAAAAAUUUCUCUCGUUGGGAAGUAUUAAUAGUAUUCGCUACAAGGAUGAAAUAUUUUCUUCAUGUUCCAACUUAAUCUCAAGUGUUUUGGAUUUAGUAUUGCAAGAACCGUUAGAUAAUUCUGUUCAAAAAAGUAUUGAAAAAUCACUUACUGAUUCACAGGAUGUGCUUGAAAUAUUUUACUUCUUAGAGGCAGUGUUGUGGAUGAUUAGCAAAACCAGCGCAGAUUCUAAUUCAACAAUUGAAGAGUAUUGUGUAAAAUGGAAAAGGGUUUGGCUCCACCUACUCUUUUUUUUGAGCCAUUUUAACGACUUUACUAUCAAAAAAAAAUUUUGA